AACUUUAGAUUAGUAUAGAUCUAGUGACUCGAAGUACCUCUAUCUCCAGCAUGGGUUAACUUAUCAGUCCCCUAUCAGUAUAUUCAGUGCAAUGCCGAUGGAGGUCUUGACUGAUAAAAUAUAUGUGUUGACCAAUGUCUGCAACCUGCAACAGUGUUGUGUUGUUGAUAUGAUAUAGGCUGAGUGAAAAAAUAAACCAUAAUGACUAAUUCUGCAAUCAGCUUGUGCAGAGAAGGCUCUGAAAUUUGGAAUGAAAGCCUACUUCUAAAUAGUUCCUAUCCCCAGUUUACAGAAUGUUUCAAAGACACAGUUUUAGUGUGGGUACCAUGUGGAGUACUUUGGUCAGCCACACCCCUUUAUCUUUACUAUUUAAGUGCAAAAAAGAAACAGACUAUUCCAUUGAACUGUUUGAAUGUUAUGAAAACAAUAUGUGCUUUGCUGUUAUUGGUUAUAUCAGUAGUCAGUUUGAUUGAUGACUGCGCACACGACGGGGAUAUUCCUGUUGCAAAAUAUGUCUCUGGUGGUGUCAGAAUUGCAACAUUUCUCUUGGUUGCACUUUUAUUACAAGCUGAACGUCAUUAUGGAUUCAUAACCUCAGGUGUUCUCUUCAUCACAUUCACACUCCUUGUUAUUGCAGGUGUCAUUCCAUUUUAUUCAAAUAUUAUUGAAGAGACUUACAAUUCAGAUCUUUUAGAUUUUGUGAUCUACUGCAUUUACUUUGGUCUCCUACUGAUUCAGUACUUUCUCCUUUUCUGGGCAGACAAAGGACCUGCUGAUGGGUAUAGUUCAUUAUCAGACAAGGAAGAAUGUCCAGAAACAAAAGCUUCAUUUCCAAGUCAGAUUGUCUACUUCUGGAUUAGCAGACUUUUGGUGCGUGGCUAUCGCAAAGACCUUGAAGAGAAGGAUGUCUUCAAAUUAAACACAAGAGACCAAUCCAACAAUGUUGUUCCAGAUUUUGAAUCUCAAUGGGAAAGGGAAAAACAAAAAGCUAAAUUAAGAAGAAACAGGCUUAAAAGCAAAAAGCUUAAGUCUGAUGCUGCUAAUCAAAGUUCAUCGGUUACUGAGGCUUCUGCACUUCUGCAAAAAGAAAGCUGUAAUAUUAACUCUAAGAAAAUUGAAGCUUCACUGCUUAAAGUCUUGAUAAAAGUAUUUGGAUGGUCUUUCUUCUUUACCCAGAUAUUGAAGCUCAUUGCAGACCUUUUAACUUUUGUUACACCAAUGUUAAUUGAAGAGUUUAUAUCUUUCAAUGAACACCGUGAGACUGAGAGGGAAUGGAAGGGCUACAUCUUGGCUCUUUCCUUCUUUGUGGUGGCCAUGCUGGAGACUUGUCUCUUUCAGUACAAUGCUCAUCUCUGCUUGCCUAUUGGAAUGAGAGUCAAAUCUGCUGUCACAGCUGCUGUGUACAAAAAGGCACUUACUAUAAGUAAUGAGUCAAGAAAAGAAUCAACUGUUGGUGAAAUAGUGAACUUGAUGUCAGUAGACUGUCAGAGAUUACAAGAUGUUGUUGGUUACCUAUAUGUGCUAUGGUCAAUGCCUUUGAUGAUCAUCCUGGCUCUGUACAUGCUGUGGGGAACUCUGGGGCCCUCUUCAAUGGCAGGCCUAGGAGUUCUACUUCUAUUAAUGCCAAUUAAUGCCUGGGCAGCCAGUAAGCAGAGGACUUACCAGAUGCAACAGAUGAAAACAAAAGACAGAAGAAUCAAGAUUAUGAAUGAAGUGCUCAAUGGAAUCAAGGUAUUGAAAUUGUAUGCUUGGGAGGACUCAUUUCAAAGAAAAAUUACAUCCAUCAGAGAAGAGGAGUUGCUAACUUUAAAGAAAACUGCAUACCUGGUAGCAGUUACAAUGUUUAUAUGGACAUGUGCUCCUUAUAUGGUUCAGUUAGCUUCAUUUGGAACCUAUAUUGCAACAUCAGAAACUAGUUAUCUAGACCCAAGUACUGCAUUUGUCUCCAUUUCCCUUUUCAAUAUUCUGAGACAGCCUAUGGCUCUGUUACCAACAAUGAUUCCCUUCCUCAUUCAGGCAAUUGUAUCUAUGCAAAGACUUACUACAUUUCUCUGCAGCGAAGAUUUAGAAUCUGAUGUUGUUGAUCGCAGUAGUGAUUCAGAUGCAGCUGUUCAGAUAGAAAAUGGAACAUUCACUUGGGACACUAGUCUGUCACAGCCAACAUUAAGAAGGAUCAAUGUGACCAUAAUGCCAGGAAGUCUAGUGGCCAUUGUAGGUACAGUUGGGUCUGGGAAAUCAUCUUUACUGUCAGCCAUGUUGGGUGAAAUGAAGAAACUUAAAGGAAAAGUUACUCUGAAAGACAGAUUAGCCUAUGUCUCACAGGAAGCAUGGAUACAGAAUGCAACAUUGAGAGAUAACAUAAUUUUUGAUAGUCCUUAUAACAGCAGUCAGUAUGAGAGAGUUAUAGAUGCCUGUGCAUUGGGACCUGACCUUGAGAUAUUCCCAGCCAGAGAUAAAACUGAGAUUGGGGAAAAAGGCAUCAACUUAUCAGGCGGUCAGAAACAGAGAGUCUCCCUGGCCAGAGCUGUGUACAGCCAAGCAGACACGUACUUGUUAGAUGAUCCUCUCAGUGCUGUAGAUUCUCAUGUUGGGAAACAUAUUUUUAAAGCUGUGAUAAGCCACAAGGGAAUACUCAGAGACAAGACUCGAAUACUGGUGACCCAUGGGAUACAUUGGUUGCCUUUUGUUGAUCACAUCAUAGUUGUUAGCAAUGGCCAGAUCUCAGAAGAAGGUUCCUAUGAUGCACUUUUAUCUCAUGAUGGUGCCUUUGCCAAUUUUUUAAAAGAGUAUUUUCAGAAGAAAUUAGAAACUGAGGCAGAUCCUGAAAUUCAGCAAUUACAAAACAGAAUACUAAAAAAAUUAGAAAGUGUGACGUCUGAUGCUACAUCUGAAGAGGAACCUAUAAGACACAUUGAUCCAUCAGAAAAUAUUUUGAGGCCAAGAAUUCUGUCUUACCAAAGUAUUUCAUCUACACAAAGUGUUGGAAGUAUAACAGAAAAGAAACCCAUUGGAGAACAGUUGAUAGAGGAAGAGAAAGCAGAGACAGGCAAUGUCAAGUACAAUGUGUACCUGGUGUACAUCAAGGCUGUUGGAUUAUUUACAUUUAUCUUCAUGACCUUGAUCUUCACAAUAUUUCAAGGCUCGAGCACCUUCUCUGCCAUUUGGCUCAGCAUGUGGACUGAUGACAAAUUGUUGGCUAAUGUCUCAGCUGCUGGAAGCUCUGAAUAUGUGGCUAAAAAUAAUUUGUACCUGGGAAUUUAUGGAGCACUUGGAUUUGCACAAGGCCUUUUUCUGAUGACCUUUGCCUUACUAGCUACUACAAGAAUGGUGAAGGCUGCUGGGACACUCCAUUUCAAUUUACUAGAUAAUAUACUUAAGGCUCCUAUGUCAUUUUUUGACACCACUCCAAUGGGUCGAAUAGUGAACAGGUUUUCCAAGGACAUCGAGACUGUAGACAACACAUUGCCAGCCACCAUCAGAUCUUUUUACAUAUGUGUUUUCACAGUUCUGGGAACCAUAGUAACCAUUGGUUACAGCACACCAUUGUUUCUGGUUGUUAUUCUACCUCUUGGCAUAUUGUACUGGCUUAUACAGAGAUUUUACAUUCCUACAUCCCGUCAACUCAAGAGAAUUGAGUCCACUACAAGGUCACCCAUCUAUGUUCACUUCUCAGAGACUGUCAGUGGUGCUGCCACCAUUAGGGCUUAUGGUGUCACUGAGAGAUUCAUUGAAGACUCUAAAGCCAGAGUGGAUCACAAUUUGUCUUUCUACUUUGCCAGUAUAGUCGCCAAUCGUUGGCUGGGUCUGUACCUUGAAUGCAUUGGCAACUUGAUUGUUCUGGCAGCUGCUGUCUUUGUUUUAUUGACAGAUGACUUACCUGCUGGCCUGGUUGGGUUGUCUGUUUCAUAUGCAAGUCAGGUUACUGUUGCUCUUAACUUUGCUGUGAGAACAUUAAGUGAUCUUGAGACUAACAUUGUGUCUGUGGAAAGAAUAGAAGAAUAUUGUGAAACAGAAAAUGAGAAUUCAAGAAUUAUUCCUUAUAAUAGACCUCAUCUUAGUUGGCCUCAAGAAGGAAAAAUGAAAUUUAUUGACUACAAAGCUCGAUACCGUCCAGGUCUUGAGCUGGUUCUUAAAGGUGUCACUUGUGAUAUCAAAGGGGGAGAAAAGAUUGGAAUUGUUGGAAGAACUGGAGCAGGUAAAUCCUCUUUGACUAUUGCAUUGUUUCGUCUGAUUGAGGCUGAUGGUGGCAGCAUUACUAUAGAUGAUAUCAAAAUCUCAGACAUUGGUCUCUAUGAUCUUAGGUCAAAGCUGACAAUAUUACCACAGGAUCCUAUCAUAUUCUCUGGAACACUGCGUAUGAACCUAGAUCCAUUUGAUGAACAUACUGACAAUGUACUUUGGUCAGCACUAGAGCAUGCGCACUUGAAAGCAUUUGUUAACUCUCUACCCCAGAAGUUAGAUUAUGAGUGUGGAGAAGGAGGCUUAAACCUGAGUGUUGGUCAGCGACAGCUUGUUUGUUUAGCUCGAGCACUCAUUAGAAAAACAAAAGUUCUAGUACUGGAUGAAGCCACUGCAGCUGUUGACAUGGAAACAGAUGAACUCAUACAAAAAACAAUCCGUUCUGAGUUCAAGGAUUGCACUAUUCUGGCCAUUGCUCACAGACUCAACACAAUCAUGGACUAUGAUAAGAUUCUAGUGAUGGACAAAGGUCAAGUGAAAGAAUUUGACUCCCCACAAACUUUGUUGGCUGAUAAAAACUCAGUAUUUUAUGACAUGGCCAAAGAUGCUGGAAUAGUUUAAUAUUUCAAAAAUUGUUGUUAUUUUUUUCAUUAAAUUCUGUACAUAUAGAAUAAAUAUUAAUUAAAUGUUUGAUCUCUGAUUGCCAAGAAAAACCAAAGGUGUGAAUAUUUUUGUUAACAUAUUGAGAAAAGAAAAUAUUCUGGUGCUGUUUCUGUUUUAAAAAUAAGAAGCUGUUUCUUCACUUUUGGCAUUUAAAAGAAAUGGAUUAUUUAUUUAUGUACCUAAUGUUGUUUUUUUCUUCACUAUUUUGGUUUAUAUUUUUUUUUACAGCUAUUUUUAUCAACAGGGAAUUUUAUUCUUUAUGUAAUUUGAAUUUUUUUUUUUUUUUCGGUUGUGUCAGUAUUCUAAAAAUUGGCAUAUUGGAAAUUCUAUUUAUUGAUGAGGAUUAAAAUAUUGAAACCUAUAUUUGCAUUUAUUGUUGAGGAUUAGAAUAUUGAAGUUAUAUUUAUUGAUUAAGGAUAUGUUAAAUAUCUACUCAGCGUUUUUAUAAUUAAAAAGCCAUG